AUGCCUUCCAUCGGAGAAGCCCAAUGCCGAGACUCGCCCAUCUUCGCGUCUCUCUUGCGGAGCUCCGGAUCGGCCGCGGAGGUGGAGCGCGCACAUUCGCAGAUCGCAAGAAAUGGCGGAGAUCGCGAGACCUUUCUUGGGAAUCUGCUGGUUCAGAUGUAUGGGCGAUUUGGGCGCGUCGAGAAUGCCGCGGCUGUGUUUGAAAGGAUCGCCAUCAAGAACGUCUACUCCUGGAAUCUCAUGCUCGCAGUAUUUGCCGGCAAUGGGCAUUUGGAACGAGCGAUGGAGAGUUUUGAAAUGGCGCCAGAGAAGGAUGCAUGCUCGUGGACGACAAUGCUCGUGGCUUACGCGCGCAAUGGUUUUGUGGAUCGAGCUAAGGAUCUCUUUGAUGCGAUGCCGCGGCGAGAUCUUGUGGCCUGGAACUCGAUGAUCGCGACUUAUAGCCAGAACGGGCAUCCCUGGCAAGCGAUCUCUCUGCACAGGAGGAUGAACCUCGAGGGGAUCAAGCCCGACGAGCUGACGAUCAUCAGCCUCCUGGAUUCCUGCUCGCUGGGAAUUGGCGAUCGCUCUUUGCUCGACGAGGCAAAGUCGAUACACUCGACGAUCAUCCGGCACAGCAGCGAGCUCUCCACCAGCCUCAAAGUUUGCAACGCUCUCAUCCACCUCUACGGCCGAUCCAAGCUCCUCGAGCAAGCCAUGGAGAUCUUCCAGGGAAUGGUUACCAGGGAUUGCAUCUCCUGGACAUCGAUCGUCGCGGCGCUCAACCAGAGCGGCGACUCCAAGCGCGCGCUUGCCGCCUUUCGAUCAAUGGAGCUCCACGGGAUCAAGCCCAGCAGCGUCACCAUGAUCGAGGCCCUGGACGCGUGCGCGAUCGCGGGUGCCAUAGCCGAGGGCCGGGAGCUCCACGCGAGGACGGUGGCGGCGGGCUCAUUCCUGCGAGAACUUAGCGUACGGAACGCGGUUCUUAGCAUGUACGGCAGGUGUGGCAACUUGGUGGAAGCCCGGCUGGUGUUUGAGGAGAUGGAGAUUCCCGGCCGGGACGUUGUGACUUGGAACGCGAUGGUGGCGGCGUAUGCUAGAAACGGCGCUGGAUGGGAAGCUUUCGAGCUGUUCCAGCGGAUGAAGCUCGAGGGGAUUGAUCCGGAUGGUAUCACCGUGGUUUGCAUCGUGUCGGCGUGUAGCCACUCGGGGCUGGCUCGCCAUGGUUUGAGCUGCGUCGCGUCGAUCUAUGGCGACUUUGGAGUGGAGGCGAGGGCGGAGCAUCUGAAUUGCGUGCUGGAUUUGCUGGGGCGGAUUGGGUCUAGCGUGGAGGAAGCUGGGGAUUUGAGCAGCGUGGAUGAGGUUGGAGUGAGGACUUUGCUGGGAGCUUGCCGGGUUCACGGUGGUGGUCGUGGUUUGAUUGGCUCGUCGGGAAAUUUUGGUGGUGCUUGUUCGACGGAGCGGUAUGUGAUGAUCUCCAACAUCUGUGCUCAGAAGUAG